GGAAGUGGCUAAACUGUUUCCUGCCUCAGGUAUGUGUGUGUGUCCGGGACGGAGGUGACCCUCGCCCCCUGAGCGUGCGCGAGAGGACCAGAACAGCUUUAAGUUUGAAAAUGGACGUGAUCUGUCUCAGCUCAGAUGAGUCUAACGAUGACGAUGUGGAGAUCGUCUCCUCCAGCGGCUUCACCAAGUCUGAGCCACUGCCGCUGUCAGAAUUUCGGGUUGACGUCGACGCCGUGAACGUCAACAUACCGCGGCAGUGUAUUGACCUCAAAGACCCAAGAUGGACUGUUCCAGAGCUUAAGCUGCACAAGAAGCUAGAUUUCCCUUACCCUCCAGUCAUAGACUUGACAGAGUGUGUAGAGAAAGAGAAUGAACUACAGACUGAGGAUAAGGUACCAAAUGACCUACACCUCAAAAAAGGCAACACACAUUUAAAUGAAAUCCCAAAUGACCAAGAUUUUAUUUUAAUGAAAAGCUCACCUAAAGACUCUAAAUCCCCACAGCAGGACUGUGGCACCCAACGGUCAGGGAAGAGACAUUUGAAUUCUCCAACACAAGCCCAGGAGGAAAACACUGCAGCAAAUCUCCGGCAAGACACACCAGCUGUAAAGUUGACACAACUGCCUUUUCUCAAAACUCACGUCUCAGAUCUGAACACAUCAUGGUGUUCUGAACAGUGUGACAGUGAUAUUUCUCAGAUGUUGAUGUGCUUUAGACAACAAAACAGUAACAGUGAAGUACCAAAAUGCACAAGUAUUUUAAAAACGACUUCAUCAAAUAUGGAACCUUCACUCCCUGAGGCACUGAAUUCUCCAACUAGACAUCAGAUAAAUGAUAAACUGUCAAAGGAAUCAACACAAGGUGCAAGAUCAGAGCAAUUCCAGCAUCCAGCUGAAUGUUCUACCAUAAAGGAAGUUCAUUCUGGUGCAAACCUAAACAAGGGGAACACUUGGGAAAAUAAACUACUUACCAGUAGUUUAAACUCUUCCAACCACAUUCUGUCCCCAACUUUUAUUUCUUCACCUCAAGCUAAAGUCCCAAAACAAGCACUUGACUCCGACCUGGAACAGAUGGAUUUAGAUCAACCCGAACCUGGUCAAAGAUGUUCCUCUGAUCAUUCUUCCUCACAUUCUUGCAAAAGUCCCUCAUCUCCCAGCCAUAUGAGCCAUGGCAACCAGUCGCCCAUCUCAGAACCGACGGGUGAAUAUACACCUGAGUGGUAUCUGGAGACUGAAACAUACAAUGAUGAUCUGAGAAGUGAGAGUCCAGCGUCGUUGCCUUGGCAUGGGGAAAGUGAUGGAGAAGAUAUGCGUGAAGACAGCAGGUUUGUCACGGACUUCAGAGCAGUCGGUAAAGGGGUCAGACAGUACGUGUGCCCAGUCGCUCUCAGGAAAGCUAUGACUGGACCACCUCGAGUUCUGAUCGAUGAAGAUUAUGACAUUUCUGGAACACCAGAAGUUCUGUGCCGCCAGAGCCUGAGCCUGGUUUAUAGCACAAUCGACGAGAACUACUCAGAGGGCACUUUACAGCUAUUGUCAGAUCUACUGCAGCCCGGUUACUAUCCCCCUAAAGAUAUAAUCUCCCACCUACUUCGUGGCAUUCUGCUCGACCCACAGAGUCCCCAUCACCUCAGCGUACAGGCGUUUAAUUUACUCAUGUGGACACAAAGACACCACAGGAUUAAUAAAUCCACAGUUCCAUGGGAUUGGGAAUUAGUGACUUCAGUCAUGUCUAAUCAGGACUGCACAAAGCAGCGUCGAUGCGAAGUUGUGCGGAUGUUCUUGGAAUAUGUUGUGCAGACAUUAGAAGACGACUUCAAGGCCAAAUGUUCCUCAUCUGUUCACCACUCGAUCGCAAAAGCAACACUGUCGUGUGAUCGACAGUUUCCUCGGGUCAGAGAUGUCAUCAAGUGGCUGUUCUGUGCCAUUAAGAAAUCAACAGAACUUGGAUUACAUAAAGAAAUGAUUAAAGAGCGAGAUGAACAACUAAAAAUGGUGUCCCUCUUCCAAAGGAUGCUGUCUCUGGCUCUGGAGGUGGACCGAUGUCCCGCUCUAAACUCUGCCAAGCUUUCCCAGGAGCUCUUUCAUAUGGUCCUCAGUCACGUGCCGCCUCGAGCGCACAGGUGA